ACACGGCGCAUGCCGAUCAGCGGCGAUUAUCGCCCGCUCCUCGCUAGAGUCGUCAGUGUUCGCGCGAAAAACGAUGGAGAGAGGGCGUCACGCGAUCGACACGCGUAAGCUGAUCGAACUGGUCAGGGCGAAUCCCAUGCUCUACGAUCCGACGCUCGACGAGCACAAGGACAUCAGGAUGAGGGACGAACGCUGGGCGCUGAUAGCCUCGGAGAUGGGCCAACACCCGGACGAUCUGAAGAAGAAAUGGAAGAACAUCAGGGACACCUACAUCCGUUACCUGAAAGCGGCGAAGACGAAGCACGGCGCCAAACCCAGCAGCCUCAGCAAGUGGGCCUGGUCCAAACACAUGCGAUUCUUCCGUCCCUAUUUCGCCCAUUCCAAACGACGGGCGGCGGCGACCGCAGACGCCUCCGAAUUCGACGGUACAGCCGCGUUAGAACCGUACUUCGACGACCCCUUGCAGAACCUCAAGAUGGAGGUCGGAGACGUCGUCCUCGAGGAGCAGGCGUCCUGUUAUCCGGACGCGGAUCAGGAAAGUUCGGAAUACGAGGCCGGCGUCCAUUUCAACCCGCGUAGGAGAUCCCCGCUUCGUCUGCCCUACGGCGCCGGUCUGGAGACCAACAUGGACGAGACGGAACUGCUGUUCGUGGCUUUCGCGAAGACCGUCAAGAAAUUCUCCAAGAGACGGCUGGCCAAGGCGAAGAUGCUGGUGGCGAAGGUGGUGAUGGAACAGGAACUGAUAAACAUCGAGGAACAGAACGCGCUGGACCAGAGUAGGGACCCGGCGUGUCCUCCGAGUUCGUCGGAUUCGAUAUCGGCCGAUCAGCGCGCGGCCGUCAAUCGCCAGGCGGUUAAAAACUGAUUCGACGGACGUGUUCUUGAGAUCAAUCGUUCCUGUAUCGUCUCGACUAGCUGCAUUUAUGUUUUGUCUCUUUAGAUAUAGUUUAUCAGUGAAUUAGUUCGAUAAUUAGGUUAGUUUUUUUUUUUUCGUUUCUUCUCUUGAUUAUAAAGAUGGAUUUUUACCUCGUUAAGCGUAUCCUAGAAGUAUUUCUGAACGGCGUUUCGAGAUUUUGUGGAAAUGUGACGAAUAUAAAUCAAUCAAUAUCUGAUAUGUGCAUAAACAAUUUGCUAUUAAUUCGUUGUAAUAUUUUUGUAAUGAAUGAAAUCUUUUUCGUGAUGACAUUAAAUGUUUAUCGUUUA